AUGGAUGCCGAUCGCUUUGAUCCUUCGGUACCUCUAUGUAUCCUGCAUGUUGACGGCUCGGCAAAUGAGCAAGGCUGUGGAGCUGGCUUGGUGUUAACUACUCCAGAUAGAAGCAAAGUCGAAUAUGCCCUCCAAUUCAACUUUAGAACCUCUAACAACGAGGCAGAGUAUGAGGCUCUCUUUGCCGGCCUUCAGCUAGCCAGGAGCAUGAGCGACAAACAAAUCAACAUUCACAGUGACUCCCAACUCAUAGUGAAAGACUUUGCAGCGAAAGAUGCCUCCAUGUCUGCCUACUUAUCGGCAUCCCACCAACUCCUACAAAAGUUCCAGGCCUACGAGAUUUGGCAGAUCCCCAGGUCAGAGAACAGCCACGCUGAUGCACUCUCGCGUUUAGUUUCGGCAAUAAACGAUAAGAUCGGAAGGAAGGUGCCGGUGGAAAUAUUAUCCCAGCCAAGCGCGAAAACGUUGAGGUGUGUACCGUACGGUACGAGGACAUAUGGAUGUCUCCAAUUUACGCCUUCCUAA